CCUCGACGAUCCUCGACGGCUGAGCAGCCGCAGAGAUCUUCGACGGCUGAGCAGCCGCAGAGAUCUUCGACGGCUGAGCAUCCUCGACGAUCCUCGGCGGCUGACCCGACGCAGCGAUCUCCGACGGCUGACCCGCCACGGCGAUCCCCAAUGGCUGAGCAGCCUCAGAGAUCUUCGACGGCUGAGCAUCCUCGACGAUCCUCGGCGGCUAAUCCGGCGCAGCGAUCCCAAUGGCUGAGCAGCCUCGGCGAUCUUUGACGGCUAAGCAGCCUCGACAAUCUUCGGUGACCCGAAGAAGACGGUCUCGGUCGAGCUCAAGUUCUAGCUCGAGUUCGAGCUCGAGUUCGAGCUCUAGUUUGAGCUCUAGUUCGAGCUCCAGCUCUAGCGGAACAUGUACAUCUGUUAAAAGUAUACGCGAUCUCAAGCCGAUUCCUAAGAUCGCGUCCUCGAAUAUGAAGAGAAAAGUAAAUGAUCAAAAAGGCAACGAGCAGAAGAAGAAAAAGGUAGGAGAGAGAGAGACGUCACCAAAACCAGGAACAUCUACAAUGACUUCAGAGGUUACGAGACCAGUACCGAGACGUGGUAUUUUGCAAUUAAAAAGGACUGAUAGUAAACAGCAGCAGCAACAACAGCAACAGCAGCAGCAACAACAGCAGCAGCAACAGCAGCAGCAACAGCAGCAGCCACAGCAACACAGCCAACAGCAGCAGCAACAGCAGCAGGAACAACAGCAGCAACAGCAACAGCAGCAGCCACAGCAACAGCAGCAACAGCCGUCACAGCAACAACAGCAACCUCAGCAGCAACAACAACGCAAUUUACCGCGGAUUAUAGAUGAUGAGAUAAUAAUAGAUCACUAGAAGAGGAAGAAACUGAAGCUAGAGUUGAGUGGCGUGAUGUAGAAUCAGCUUUUCAAAAUCGAAUUAGAACAGGUGUAGUUGUAAAAUAUAAAGCAUGUGGACAUUCUAAGUUUUUUUAACGAUGCGCAAAAGCUUUUCAAGGUUAAAGUAGAAGAUUGCUUGAAGGAAUAUAACGCUGUAAAAAUAAAUUCUGACUUUAUCGCAGAAUUUUCUAUGCAGAAAAAUGGAGAGGAAACGACUGACAUUAAAUAUUUUACAAGUGAAAGUGUUACAGCAUUCAUGUCAACGAAUUUGGAAGAAUGGUUUAAAGAUCAUAUCAAAGAACCUAUUCUCACCCAGCUUGAAGAAUUUCAGGAGAAAGAUUCUGGCUAGACCCUGACGAGUAUUAUCAGUUUGUGUAUCAAUAUGAAAAAUAUUCUCCAAUCAAGGGAGUUCCUUCAUUCCACUUCCAAAGUUUAUAGAAAAGAAAAAGGCAUGUGUUAAUAUUCGUAAUAAUGAUAAUCAGUGUUUCAAGUAUGCUAUACUUUCAGCAUUGCAUCCUAGUGAAACUAAUCCCAAUAGAGUUAAUCAAUAUCGUAUGUAUGAGAACGAGCUGAACUUUGGUGAUAUAGAAUUUCCAGUCAAACUUAAAGAUGUACCAAAAUUUGAAAAAUUAAAUGAUAUUUCAGUAAAUGUAUACAUGUUAAAAAAGUAUAAUGAAAAGUUUGAAGUAUCGCCAUGCCAUAUUACAAAAGAAAAGAAAGAAAAACAUGUAAAUCUACUCCUCAUUCAAGAUUUUUACAUAGAUGAAAA